CACACACACACACACUGACCCCCGGUGCUAAUAGAGCACUUCAAAGUAUGCUAAUAGACCCUCUCACUUUUGUGUCCCCACCCUACACACACACACACACACACACACACACAUACACAUAGAUAUGGACCCUGUGAGGCCCCGCCCACUUGGUCAAUGUCUUUAAACUCAAGGUUGAGCCAAGCCAGAGGCAUUUUGUCAUUGUUUUUACCUGUUGGUCAACUUACAACUGAGGUCCUGUGCAUGAUUUUAAGGUUAUUUUUUUUUACAGUUCUUCCCCCUGUGAUUUAUGGAUGUCUCCAAAUGAGGGUAAAAAUCACAGAGAUCAUAUAAAGAUAUUUUAACAGCCGGUGUAACUUAUCAACUCAAGCUGCACUGAAGAAUCUUAAAAUGGAGCAAAUGGCAGACCUGAGACGUUCAUCUACAGUGUCUGCAUCGCCCCCAAUGGCUCACCCAACUGAGUCUUACCAACAGGGGAACAUAAGGAUGAAACUGGAAUAUUCAGAGCUCUGGAAAUCCUUUCAUGACAUUGGGACUGAAAUGGUCAUCACUAAAUCUGGCAGGAGGAUGUUUCCAUAUUGUAACGUAAGUGUGUCUGGUCUUGUGCCCUACGCCAAGUACGUCAUCAUGGUGGACAUGGUCCCGGUGGACAAUUCCAGGUACAAGUGGAAUAAUGAGAGGUGGGAGGUGGCGGGAAAAGCAGAGCCACAGCCUCCGUGUAGAACAUACGUCCAUCCAGAUUCUCCUGCUUUGGGUAGUCAUUGGGUGAAGCAGCCCAUUUCUUUUCUCAAGCUGAAGCUCACCAACCACCCACUGGACCAGAGAGGCCAUAUCAUUCUGCAUUCGAUGCAUCGCUACCAGCCUCGCUUCCAUGUGGUGCAGGCUGACGACCUUUAUAGCGUGCGAUGGAGCGUCUUCCAAACCUUCACAUUCCCUGAAACCACUUUCACAGCAGUCACGGUCUACCAGAACACCAAGAUCACCAAGUUGAAGAUAGACCAUAACCCAUUUGCAAAGGGCUUCCGAGAAGAAGGAACCCAUGGCAAAAGACACAGAGCUCAGAAAAGUCAACUGUGUUUAGAGAGUUCAGUGAAGAAAACAAAGUCUUCAGACAAGGAGCCAGAGCUCAGCUGUUUCCAAGAUGUGCCAAGGCUUCCAUAUGACCCUCACAGAGAGGAUUCAGAAAGCCUGAUGCUUUCCAAAGAAGUGCCCAUGACCCAGGAUGAGCACAUAUCCCCAUGGGGAGGAGAGCAGGACCCUGGCCAAAGUCUGCAAACUGAGGGGGGGGCCAUGGACUACACAAACUCAGAGCAGCUUGUUCCAGGACAGGCCAACUACCAACCGCACAGAACUCAGGAGUUUGGGAGGAUGUCCUCACCGACCUGCACAGAUGCCCAAACUGACUGCCACGGUUUUGAGUCCCGAUCUACCGACAUGGCAACUGUUCCUGAGCAGGAGCUCUCCAGAUGUCUUCCAUCCAUGAGUCUAGGUUCUCAGAGUAAAGCGCUGGACUUCUCCAUGACCUCCAACAUUGGAGGGUGUGCCAAAGCCAGCCCAGGAAUGCCUCUGUAUGGUCAUUAUAACAUGGAGCAGCCUUUAGGCCACUGGAGUGGAGCUUUAGCAGGGCAGUAUUCAAGCUCCACCUACCCUCAGCCGCACCCACAUCACCUGAUGUCAGAGCACAGCAUCCAUCCCUCCGGAUAUCACCAUAGCAAUAUGACAGAGUGGAGUCAGUACUCUCUGUUCGCCUACUCUUGCUAAGGAAUGGGCCAAAAAAUGAAAAGACUACCCCUUCAGGAAAAUUUUAGCAUGGCAAAGGAAUAGGUGGAGAAGAACUUUUUCUUUUCGUGCUUGAUUCAGACACCGAAAACUAACAAAUACAGCCUAAUACACCACAGAAUAAAUGACUGGUUUAAACGGACUGAAGCAAACCACAUUGUGUGGUUGUGUGUGAUUUAAAAUGAGCCUACACUUGCUUAUGACUUAAUUAAGAUAGACUUGUAGAAUUAUUUGCCCCAUGUAUCUGAAUGGAAAUAUUAUACAUUGGACAAGGUGCAGUAGACAAAUUAUUAAUGUUAAUACUGUAAAUUGAUGCUACUACGUUUUAUAGGAUGCUUAAUUAAAUUACUCUAUCAGCUUUUUUUUUUUUUUUUUUUAAUUUUUAUUGACCCUGAGAGAAGUCAUGUCAGUGCCAUCAUGUUAUUUCUUCCUAUUAAAUCCAAUGUAGUUUUAUCAACUAUAGAAAAAAAUUUUGUGAUUUUUUUUUUAACAAUGAAGUAAACAAUUUUCUGUGUUCCAUAUUACCUGGUUUCAUCCUAUAUAUCUAUUUUUUAAUUAUCAUGUUAUGACAUUACAUAACCAUAUGCCACAGAUUAGUUAAGUUUUUCAGAAUUUUAUGUGAUUUUAUAUCACUCCUUAUACAGUACAGUGCUUGAUUAAGAUAUUUACUUGGAUAUGCCAUUGUUGUUGUUUUUUUUAAUCAGUAGUAAAGUGGAGUGACAAUAUUUAUGCAUAUUAACAAUUUUCUGACUUUGGGUGUAAUUUUCCUUACUUUACUUAUUUAUCUUUACAACCGUCUCUCCAAACCAUCCUCAGUUUGAGUAGAAACCGCUCACUGCUUACAAUAUGAACGAGGAAGCGCAUUACAUAAAUCCCGCCCCUCCAAUAAAAAUAGCCAAUCGUCUUUUAGUGUAAGACACUACCGGAAAACGCUUGGCCUAUUGGAUUGUUACACUGACGCAUGCGCUGAAAUAGGGUGGUUUGCUACUUUAGCAACUUGAAACAAGUGCGUUUUGUUCGUUUGUUUGUUUGUUUUUUUCGUGUUAUUUUCAGUCCAGCCCAGUUAGUAUUUACAUUAACAUUUUAUUCAAGUAGAUCGAAGCCUGGUCUUGGCAAAAUGGCCGAAAAUUGGACACAAUUUACGAGAAGAAUUUUGGUGGCAUCAGCUGUUAUAAAUAUUAAUAUUAGUGGCACAAAUUUUUGUGUAUAUCAGUAUUUCAGGAAGAUUUUGACCUGGAAGAUGAACAUAAAUACAUUUUAUUUUGUUCACUUUGCUUCUCUAUGAAACAGUUUUACACAAGUGUGUAAUCGUAACAGAGAGGUGAUAUAAAGAAUAGGGUUGAGCAUGAAACAAAGUGGCUGGUAGUACUGAGAAGUUUGGUGUUAGAUCCUAAAUGAGAGACAAAAUGAGGACCUUCUCUUCACUGGGUAAUUGUUAGAAGUAUGUGUGGAUGGGAGUGGUUGAGUGUUUGUCAUAAUAAACCAAUCCAGCAAAGGCCACCUAAUAAGUUUAGAAGUUCCUUACAUUUACAGUUUCCCUGGCCACAAAUGUAAUUUAUCUGCAGAGAGUAGUUUAUUUGCAGAGAGUCUAGAUGUGACUCACAAAAUGGUGGCCCAGUGCUUGAGGCCUUGGGCUACUAAUCAGAAAGCUGUGAGAUCAAAUCCUGGCAACCCCACUCUCACACUUUUGGGUCGUUGAGCAAGAGCCUUGGCCAUCAACUGCUUGGUUUUAUCCUGUCUCAAUUAUACGUCACAUUUGAUGAUAGUGUCAGCUAAAUAUAAUAAACACACUUGCCAUAAAACCACAGCUUGUCAGUAUGAUAUUUAAAGUUAACACUGUGACUGAAA